AACACUGGCGCCACACGCACAUGUUUAAAACGUAAACAAAAUAGCAAAAUUUAACAAAAUGACUAGAAAAAGGGCUCCCAAAAAGAAAACAGAGGUGGUUUUUGACGACAAGAAACGCAUAGAGUUUCUAAGUGGCUUUCGGAAGCGAAAAAACGAACGCCGAUCGCGGGCUAAGGCUGAACUGGAAAGAAACCUCAAAAACGAACGUAAACGAAUUCGCCAGGAGGUCAAAGAUGGCUUUAACCAUUUAAAGAAGACCUUCGAGCCACUGCGGGAGCUCACCGAGGAAGACAAGGCUGAGGAACAGCAGGAAGAAACAUACGAGGACGACGAGGUGCAGGUUAAGAUCGUUGAGCUGACUACCAAUGAUCUGGCUGCCAAGAGGAAUAUGUUGGGGGCCAACACGGCAGAGGAAAGCGAACCGGAGGAGCAAGAUGCUCAGAGCGAGGAGGAUGAGGCCGACCAGCCCAACAGAAUACCCGGCAUGGACUAUGAUCCCAACGCCCGCAAACGCAAAUCCAAGUCAGAGGAUGAGGAGCAGCCAAAGGUGAAGAAAGCAAACACCACAUCCACAUCCCAGCCAGACAUCAAGAGCAAAAAGGAUCUCGACCGCUUAAUGAAGACAAAAACCCUGAAGAAGAUGCACCAGAGCAAAUUGUACAAGCAGAAGGAGCGCAUGGACAAGAAAAACAACCAGAAAAAGGCCAAACGGGAUCGGAACAACACCAUAAAGAGCGUUCCAAAGCACCAGCGCAAGCAGCUCAAGUUUGGAAAGGGCCAACAAUCGAAAUACCGAAAGGGCCGCAUGGUGAACAAGAAGGAACUGAGGCGCAAGCGCAACGCCGACUAAGUUUAUCGUUUCGCAUAGUUUGUUUUACGGUUUAUUUACUAUUACUCUAGUUGCUCAAAUAAACUGUUUAAUUCCUGGCUUGUACAAUAA